GAGCCGUGUCGCUAACUUUUCAGUAGGUGCGAGUCUGCGAGUCAAGCUGCGUCGUGUGCUUAUAGUGUGUCAAAACUAUUGGUGUGCUGCGUUCAGUUGACCGAAUAAGCUCGCGUCAAAGCGAUUAUUGUUAUUUCCUUCGAGCAACCGUCAAUUGACACUUCAACUAUCGACGUUCGACUAAGUCAUAACGUUACAACUUCAACGCCACAAUCGCAAUCACGCAUUUUAUUUCCUAAUAAUAUACGUGUUGAACAACAUAUUUUGUGUUGAAGCAAAUAACCAAGUUAUUUGCUUAGUUGCUUAUUUCGCUAAUAAUCGUCAAAACUAUUCUUCAACGUAUACGAAUCGCCGAGGAUUUCAAGAGCCGAGCUUUUUUUCGAGGCAAUUUAGUGUGCGACCAAAAUUUACAUAAGCGCAACGAAUGAUAUAAUCCGGUGUGCUGUGUUGUUGAAAAAGUUCAGUGCUCUCUUUUAUCUCUUUCUAUUUGAUUCGCCCCCCGAGCUUCGUAAUAGUGUUUUUUUUUUUUGAAAAAUCCAGCCUCAGAGUGUGCACGUUUUCCAGCGAAUUUUUAACCGCAUCUUGGUAGUCGCAUAACCGCCAGUCAUUCCAGAGUCGAUUUUUUGCUUUUCGACCAAUCAAAAAGCACAUUUUGUCCAUUAUCGGCGCGCGUGUGAGCUUGUGUGUGUGUGUGUGUGUGCGUACAGGUGAGCGAAUAGAAGAGAUUCGCUCGAAAUUCGAACUUGUCUUUAAACUGUGUGUCUCUCUCGCAACCAGUGUGCCAAGAAAACGAGCCGCUCAAACUGCUCGCUCGUAUACAAAUAUAUGCGUACGUGAAUUUAAACGCGUGUAUAUCGAUAUUCGCAUACACACCGAUCAAUCGUAUGCUGUUUUAUACAAGUGUGCUGAAAUUAUUGUAUUUGUCGGAAGAAAGUGGGCUGCAGCAAGAGAAAAGAGCAAAAAACAAGCUGCAUCCAAAACGCACUGAGGGAUCGUCGACGCCCGGUGCGUUCUAGAGUUCGUGUCUCGUUUCGUUCGAGGGAUAAGCAAGAAAAAAGCGGCAUUAUCGGCACAGCAAAAUUUCGGAGCACGCAGCAGCCCUCGGUUAUUCGUCGAUUUUGAUAAUAAAGCAACGGUCAACGAGAAGCAGCGAAAACGACGAGAUAUAUCUCGGAGAAAAAUUGACACUCUGAGAUUUGGCGGACACAAAACGAUGGAGUCUGCCUGUCAAGUUAAAGGCUGCCAGAAAAUAUUGACCAGCUCGACCAACAACAACAUCACCAGCACCGCUAACAACAACAACAACAACAACAACUACGGCAAAGUCAAGUCAUCGAAGAAGCUGCAGGAUGACAGCGGCAAGAUCCAGGCCAAGAACAAUCUCGGCAACGUCAGCCAGAACAGCAGCGACGACGAGAACAACGACGACGUUAUCAACCGCAAAAGCACCAAAAAAAGUAACAAAUCGACGUUAAGCAACAGCAACAUUACCAAUCCAGCUAACAAUAAUAACAACAUUGUAAACAACAAAAACAAAAUCAACAAAUUAGCAGCAGCAGCAGCGGCGGCGUCGAGCAACGACUCCGUGUCAUACAGCAAAAUCGUCAGUCCAAACAAGACGACGGAUUUGGCUUACAACAAAGUCGUGAGCAAUGGCUUGGCUUCGGUGCCGACGACGAACGAUCUCAGUUAUAAUAAAGUCGUCAGCAAUGGUCUCGUCAGCAGCACGACGACAACGACGACGACGGCGGCGGCGACCACGAUGACACCAGCCGCAACGGCAACGUCACAGGUGACGGCGAGCAACGGUAACAGCAGCAGCAGCAGCAGCAUACCUUACAACAAAAUCGUGAGCAUCGGCAGGUCGGCUGCCGGCAGCGAUCAUCUCGCUUACAACAAAGUCGUCCUUAACGGCCUGUCGGCGACCACGACGACGAACGAGUUGACGUACAACAAGGUCGUGAGCAAUGGUCUGGCGGCCACGACGACGCCCGUCACCGCAACGCACUGUGAUUCGCCCUACCGCAAGGUCGUCGGUGGUGGUGCUUCUCCUCGCUGCAACGAACUCGACAGCAGCAGCGACACCAACGACGCCCUAAUCAAUACCGGUCUCAAUAAUCUUAGUCUUAGCAACGAUUGCAACAACGUCAGGCCGAACGUCGAAGCGUCGGCCGUAGUGGAUAACGCGCAACAGCAGCAACAAGCACAGUCGACGAAUACGACGGAGGUGGCUGCAUCGACGAGCCCGGUCCAGCAGAGGCACGCCGUUCUGAACUACGAGCAGGUCUGCAGGCUGAACGACGUGAUAAACGAGGUGGUGAGCAUCCACGGCCGCGGCAACUUCCCGACGAUCGAGGUCAAGCUGCGCGAUCUCGUGACCGUGGUGAUGACCAAGCUGGAGGCCGACCCGUCGGUCGGCGGAGCCGGCAUGAAGGUGCGCGACGUCCGGCUGAACGGUGGCGCCGCGUCGCACGUGUUCGCCACAGACGCGCAGCCCUACAACGACCUCGAUCUCAUCUUCGGCGUCGAGCUGAACUCGAGCCGCAACUACGACCGUAUCAAGGCGGCGGUGCUCGGCUCGCUCUUCGAUCUGCUGCCCGAGGGCGUCAGUCGCAAGCGCAUCACCACCUGCAGCCUCAAGGAGGCCUACGUCAGCAAGAUGGUCAAGGUCAACAACAACGACGGCGAUCGCUGGUCCCUCAUCUCGCUCGGCAACUCGCGCGGCCAUCGCAACGUCGAGCUCAAGUUCGUCGACUCGAUGAGGCGGCAGUUCGAGUUCUCCGUCGACUCCUUCCAGAUAGUCCUGGACACGCUGCUCUUCUCGAAGCUCCAGAUAAGCGAGGGCAUCUGCCCGACGGUCGUCGGCGAGUCCGUCUACGGCGACUUCAACGAGGCCCUCUACCAUCUGCAGAACAAGCUCAUCUCGACGAGGCACCCCGAGGAGAUCCGAGGCGGCGGCUUGCUCAAGUACUGCAACCUGCUGGUCAAAAUGUACAAACCCGCCCAGCCGGACUACAUAAAGACGCUCGAGCGCUACAUGUGCUCGCGCUUCUUCAUCGACUUUCCGGACAUCAGCCAGCAGCGAGCCAAGCUCGAGAACUACCUGUGGAAUCACUUCGUCGGGCCCGAGGAGGAGGCCCUCAAGUACCAGUACCUCAUGCUGCUGCACAGCGUCGUCGAGGAGUCCACGGUCUGUCUGAUGGGCCACGAGCGUCGCCAGACUCUGGCGCUGAUCGAGAACCUGGCCUACCAGGUGCUCUGCCAGGAGCAGCAGCAGCAGAUGUCGACGCACCCGGCGCCCGCGCCCGCCUACGUGUACGCGGCGGCCAACGGCUACUAUUACGCGCCCAUCAUACCCGCAGCCGCGUGCUACACCUGCACCUGCAACUCGUCCUGGAUGGCGGCUUGCUCCUCGUGAUGCGAAAUCUAUUACGACGAUCAGCAGGACCGGCACGACACCGAUCAGUCUGACUUGGACGAGAACGGACUUUAUAGGCAGGGCGAAGGAUAAAGACCCCCACCCCCUCGCUGACUUUUUCACCACCGCUUCUUGGUGACCUAGACGAGAUCCUUGUCGAUCUUUGCUAUAUACAUAACUGAUAACUCUCAGAUGUGCCGUCGUUACUAUAUUAUAUACGUAUAUAAUAUAAUAUGGUUUAUUAUAAUACAUACAUUAUGAAUAUAAAAGAUGCGUCAAUGUGUAAGUAUAUAUAAGUGUGUAGCUCUGUGCAAGAGAGACUGUUGUAGAUACUUCUUUUUUGAUAUCAAACGAACCGUUAGAGAAUACACUAGAUAAUCAUGUAAACUUACUGCAAUUAUCUCUGGGAUUAGUAUACAAAAGUAAUAGAUACUGAUUAUAAUUAUGUAUGUCAAGUGUGGUGUAAUGAGAAGGAAAAAAGUAACAAAAAUGAAGCAAACGCUGCCAAUCUCGAAGGAACAAUAACGAAGAUAAUACUGUUUUAAGCGAAAGUACUCCUUUCUCUCUCUAAUGCCACUAUUAUUCUGCGCCCUAUGCUGUUCGUUUUUCUAUUCAUUCGGGCGAAAUCUAUCAAAAAUCCUGUACUUUAUCUUAUCGUAAUUGUACAUCGAACGUCAUUUUAGCAUAUCUCGUCGAACGCCUCUCUGCAUAAUAGAUUAUACAAGCUUCACGAUAACGACAAGGAGGUCAAAGUGAAUGAGCUACAAAAUUCACGAAGAUCGCCUGGUCUUCGAUCUCUUUUGUUACAACAAUUAUAAUACUUUUUAAUCAACUCUAAGACUGGAGCUCCAUUGAGGACGCAAAUUCAAGUGAUUGUAAAUUCUACUGAUACUACAUAAAUAAAAACCAAAAAUUAUAAGGAAAUAUCGUCGCGCUCGAGAAUCGGAAUUGCGUGUCAGAUACUCAGUAUAAUAUAGAAGAUUAUAUUGUAGCUGCAAUGUCCUAAACGUGCUUUUUCGUCAUGACUUGUAUGUGAUGCUGUGUGAGUAAAGUUCUUGUCAAGUAUUCGCCGAGUUUGCGCUGCUGUCGACGACAUCGACGAUGAUAAUAAUAAUUAGGUCCGCUGCUGCUAUUGUAGGUCAUUAAUUUUUACGUGCACAAGCUGGAGAAAGAGAGAGAGAGAGAGAGAGAGAGAGAAAGAGUGAUUUGUUCUCAUUGUUGCUGCGCGGUAAUGACAACGAUAAUGACAAUUUCCAUACUGCUAGAAUUGUUACUGAUAGCUGGGAUCAUUAUCAAUAUCCUUAUUGCGUUCAUUCAAAUUUACUUUGAGUAGAAGCUUAUCAAAAAUAGGUGUCGGACAUUCAAUACUGUACUUAAAAAUAUUAUAAUCAGUAUGUGGAAUUCGAAAAAAAAUUUUAUUACAGAAGAAAAGUUAAAUAUCUGCAUCUAAACUUUACGUUGCAAGUGUGAUAAAAAAGAAUUACGCCAAAAAUGCGAAAAAAUUAUUCUAAUAGUAAGUGUGUAGCAAAAAACAUGCUCGCUUAUAUAAAUUGUAUGCGUUACGAGCUUUAAAACCCGUCGAUAAGAAAAUUGAUUGUAAGUACAUGUGCGCACGUUAGAAAUAAUACGGGCGAACUUGGAACAAAAAAAUACGAGAAAUUCGAAAUCAUUACCGCACAUAAAUUGCGCAAAAAUGAAAUCAAACAAGAGAGAUAGGGGACAGAAGUAGAAAUUAACGACAAAGGAAAGUGUACAUUAACUACUACUGUGUUUCAAACGAAAACUGUAUUAUAACAUGUGAAAUUUUUUUGUGCAUCAAAAGUGAUAGUAAAAAACACGCAAAAAGAAUGAAAAAAAUAAACUGAUCCUGUUUAUUUUGUGUGAUUUAAUUAUGCAAUCAUCAGAUCAUAAUAAUACAUGCGAGUGCAUAGAUAUUGGAUAUUGUUUAAAAAUAGAAUAUAUUACUGGUAAAUUUUCAGAAAUACUUUAAUUGAUCGGCGAAUAAUGAUUGUUUUUCGCGAAUAAUAUCUACUAUUAAUGCAAUUGAGAAUGUUAAUUAAUUCGACGUUGUAAUUAAUUAGUAAGGAGUGGCUGUGAAUAUUUAAAAAAAUUUUCAAUUUUAUUUUUCUCUUAUACAAAAUUCUAAGAUAUAGGGUCUUUGGAAAGCAAAUUUUUUGGUUCGAAAUUGUCAAAAAGUCUAUGAAUAAAUAAUAGUGAGAAAACGACUUAAAGGCAAGGAACAUUCAAUUAUUUUUGAUAAAAUUGUUUGAUCAAAAGGCAGUUCACUUUUCAAUUGCAUCUUUUGGUAAAAUUAUGUGGCACAAAAUUUCAAAAAAAAAUUAUCUAAAAUCAUUUCCUGCUCAACGUAAAUUAUCUUGUUAGUAAAACAGAAAAUGAAAUGUACAACGUACUUGCGGCAGCAUAAGCGUACGGUGCACUGAACUCCGAGAGGACCGCAAGCAACUCGUAAUAAUGUCAAGUGUACAUAUACGUUUAUUAUAUAUUUAAAGUGAGAACCAUCUCGCUCGACGAACGCCAGUAAAGAAAAUCUCCCGCUGCUAUAAUCCAUUUGAAAAUUGCUCGUAAAUUUGAUUUUCUAAGAAACUUAUGCGAAUCGAGCAUUGGCGAAUUUUCCGCGAGAAUCGAUGUAUAAAGAGCUGGAGCUGGAGUUUGACCUCGUUCAUUGCAUAUACGUGUGGCGGCGGUGCUUGCAGCCCUCUCGCGCGAUAACGUCGCGGUAUAUAUAUAAGCCACGCGUGUGCUUGAACGCAACAAAGUCCGAGAUCGCACACGCGCGCGCGCGUAUAAUCGAGACGAGCCUAUUAUAACACACAGGUUUUGCAAAACUGGUUUUUCAGGUACACGACGCUCGUGUCUAUAUAAUCUCUGUUUAUAUUUACUUCGAGUAAUAUUUCCUUUUUGUUUCGGUAUUUCUUUUUCUUUUCAUUCUGAUACGAUCAGACGCGGAUUUGAGUGCACAACGUCCUGUAAUAUGAGGCUGUUGCUUUUCGUGACUUCAACAUGUUACGUCUAUAUGUACUCGAGUUGAGCUGCCUUAUGGUUAACCAAUGAAAUUUGAAAACUUGUCAAGUUCAUCUUGAAACUAAAAAAGAAAUGAUAUGACCAAAAUUAAUCGAUUAACAAUUUAAUGCUCAAAAAACGACGGUGAUUUUAAUUAAUUCGUCUGGGAGAUUAUAGACCAGACUAACAAUGACAUUUAAUGAAGCCGUUGCAAGACUUUACUUAAAUCUGUUGAUGGCAUUGAUAAUAUCCUUUUUUUAUUUGUAAUCUUCCAACAUUUGAUUACGUUACCAAGCAACAUUUAUUUCAUAAGCCAGCAAGGCUCGUUGCUUAUAAAACACGUUUUCACGGAUUUAAAUGUUAUGAAAAGAAAAAGAUAAUUCUUUCCAAAGAAGUACAAUAAAAAGGGUUGAUUUAAAAAAUUUUAAAAAUUACUUUUAAUUGCACGGCAGUCGUUUUGCAAUGGCUUCGUUUGAAAAAUGACGAUAAAAGUAUUCAAUGAAGAAUAAGUAGACAAAAAAUGUCGAUAGUCAUUCGUAAGCUUUAUUCUACUCCUCUGCUUUUCAGUCGUACUCUCUUUCUUCAUUGUAUUUUUCUAAUGAUGUAGCUUCGACAAGAUCAGAAGCUGCAUUAUAAUUGAAAUUGACAAACCAAAAAAAAAUUAAGAGAGAGAAAAUUAAACAUUUAUUCCGCAAAUGGUGUAUAAGAAAUUUUUUACAAGAAAUAAGAUCGACGAUGAAUGAUUAUACAGGAGUUGUGUUGAAAAUAUCGCGAAUGAUAACUCACAAAUAAGAACACCUUUAACGAUAUACAGAGAGAGGAUUGUUCAAAAGAAAAAUGUAACAUUUGCAUACAUAAGAAAAGGUUUUAUAAUAUUAUACAUAUUUAUCAUUUAAUUACUUGUAUACAAUUUUUGAAUGAAAAUUAUACUUAGCGAACAAUAUUAGGGUCUUUACUGUUACAUCAUAUUGAUACAAAAAUUAUGUACUCUAAUAAUUGUUAUUCACGUAAAAAAUGAAAUAAACUGAAAGAAAGGCAAAAUUAUAACAUUUAUGAUCUUAUUAAUUAUAUGGAUAAUCGCUUAAACAAUCAUUUUUCAUAAUAAUACAAACAGAACAAUUUCCACGAUAUUUUAUAGUGAAGCCGGAAAACGUGUAAGCUAGUUUUUCUAUCAUCUUUCUAGUUAGUUUUUAAUUGUAUCUUACCUAAAAAACAAAAAGACCUUAAAAAUUAUUCGAUACAAAUUCAGUUAACGAUAAAGAGUAAACAUAGUCUUAUAUUACGCGAGAGAAAAACUUCAGACUAGCCUGAAUAUUACAAGAAACAAAAUUGAGUAAUCAAUGUUGUAAAUAUUAUUUUAACAAUAAUUUCGCCUGCUGUACAUUUAGUACAUACACGGAGUUUUUUUGUGAAAUAAAAAUCAUUAUAAUAUGUUUUUUAAGUUAAAAAUAUCACCCGCCAUUUGCAGAUAGAAAUUUUCUUAUUUAAAUAAAAGUAUAUAGUUAUAAUAUCUUUUAUGUAUACUCAAGACACAUGUUUAAGGCUCAUGUUUUUUGCGUUUGCAAACUACUUAUGUACUAAAAAUGUGACGUUGCUAUCGCAGACGAGUACGUAAUGAGAACGAAAGUAUGAAAAAUAAAACUCACUCGAUUAUACUAGUCGCUAAUUUGUGCGAUAACUUGAAUUUUAGUCGAUUUAUGAACCUGUUUAAAAUUAAAAAUCACUCUUAUAUUAUGCAUAUGAAUGCUAUGUCUUGAUAAUGUACACAUUUUGUGUUAAUUAUAGAGUAACGAGUUAAAUAAAUGUUGCAAUGAAUGAAAAGUUUGAUUGACAAAUUAAUUUUGUUCGAGAAACUGUCGUUUUAAUUAAAAUUAUACACCAAUAGUGAACAUAAAUAUUUGCACUCAUACUUUUUUAGACGUUGUGGAAAAAAAGUAAAUGAAAUGAAAGAAUCGUAUGAACUAAAAAUGGAUAAUGAAUUUUAUGAAAAACAUUCUCUUACAUUAUACAAAAUGAAUGUUAUUUCAACUUCUUCUUACAAGUUGAAGUUUAUCGAAUCAAUGGAAUUUAUCUUAACUUGUUGUGAUAUAUAUAAAUGUGUUUGAUUUAUCAUGCGCACAUGAGACGUUACACUUUCUUAUACAUAUCCACGGCCUACUGUGAAAAAUUUAAUAUUUCUUUACGUUGGUUUUAUAUGAAUACUUUUGUUAGUACUCAUUCCAAUAUUGUCGAAUCCUGCUUACGUUUACAAACGAAAAUAAGUGGAUCUAUCGCCAAAUGAUGAUUCGUAUCGGUCACUGAUUUUCUGUCAUUCAGAAUGCCUAAAAAAAUGAUGAACAUUCAUCGGCUGUUCUUAAAAUCCUUCAAAGUAUUAUGGCUUGCUGAAAAAAUGUCAUUAAUUUUUUUUUACAAAUUUAACUUUUUUUAUAUGAUAAUAAAAGGACGAAUUUCAAUGCUAUUUGCUAGUAAACGCCAAAACUUAUAACGUGUAUUACGGCAUACUGUUGCGAAAAACGUCGAAGAUGCGCGCUCGACUGCAGUUCGAGCUGUGCUAACCCUGAAGUUUUUUCGUGGUGCGGUACAGCCAGCAUACAUCCAAUUCUAAAUAAUGAUGGGAAUCAAAGCGUUGGAAUUUUCUCGAUGCUUUUAUUGAUCGGAAAAUUUUACUGAACAAAUGAUUAGAAGAUCAGACUAAAACACAGUUCCAUGCGACUUUCUCGUUUAUCUUACGUUUUAAGUUUUCUACAAUAUCAUUAUAAACACUUCGGCAUUUAAUAAAUUAUCUCGCGGCUAUUUUUAUUCUUCACACUUGCACACACUCACACGUCUAUAUAGCUUUUGCAGUGACUGCAAUUGUACGAUGAUGGAAGAAUGAAGUGACGGGUGAGAAACAAGAAUCAAACAAUCCAACGUAUUGUCGAAUUUAACUGUAAAUGUAUGUGUAAUAAUAAUGUGAAAGAAUAUAAAUGAACAUACAAUGAUAUAUAUUAUAUAUGUACGUAUAAGAAUGAAAAUUUUUUUGUCACGCGUCAGUUUUAUCUCAGAAACCGCGCGAAAAUACGAGAAAUUUUCUAAUGUGAAAAAUUGGUGAUAUGCGUAAUAAUAAGAAAGAUACAUUUGUAAUUAUGCGAUACGUCGUAAAACAUGGCGUUAUUUGCCUCUAAUUAACUCACGCCAUGUUAAGCAGAGUGCAAAAACUCAUGGGAAAUUAGUCAAAGUAUAUCAAAUGAAUUUACAAAAAAAAAAAAAAAAACAAUAACCGUUGACGAAUGAAAGG